AUGUCAGUAGCUAACGUAGGUAGUCAAGAGGUAUUUAAAAGCUGUGUGUUUUGCACGAUAGAAGAUGGUAAACGAGUACUAUAUUUCUCUAGCUGUGUGGAGUUAUUGCAUUAAGUCAAGUUAGAUAUCAGCCACGACUUGUCUCAGAUACAGCCGUGACGGGCCUAUCAGGCCUGAAGUGCUAUUCAACAAGCUUAGCUAACAUUCGGGGGGAUUUAUUUUCACCAUGAACUCCCUCGUCGGCUACACUGUGUACUCUGACUCUGAGAGCGAAGAAGACGGUGACGACGUGAACAACGAUACUGUAAUCUCUGGGAGAGAGGUGAGUUAUGGAGCGACGGUUGUCAACAAAACCCGCAACCUUCUACUGGAGUGUGGCUCAGCUUCUAGCGAGUCUGGUAGUGUGUCUGAAGUGGAGGGAGAGGACAUAGAGCCCUCAUCACCAAAGCACCUCCCAGAAAUAGCGUCAGAAGCAAUGACCUCAGCACCAUCUCAUCCCACCAUAUCCACUGUAUACUUGAGCUCUCGCACCACUACCACCAACAUCAAACUGCCCCCUCCUCCAUUACACACCCACUCUGACAGCAGUGUGUUCGCCAACCCGUUCAAGGCUCAGGUUGACCAGAAGCUCAACGCUUUACAAAAACAUGUGCCCCUCACAAUGCAGGCUAAACCCUCCCAAAUAGGAGGCAAGAGGAUGUGUGUGGCAUACAGAAAGGAUGGAAGGUGCCGGUUUGGAAUCAAAUGCAAGUUUGCUCACGACAGUGACCUUCAGACCUCAGUGAUUCCCAGUGACUUUCAGUCUCCUGUGGACAAUGAAACCCCAGGGUCAGAGCAGGCUGACCCCCAAACAGGUAGGUCCCCUGCAGGGGGAUCCCAAACCCUCUCCCAGGAAAGCAAGCAAGAGGAGACCGAGGGACUAAAAGGGAAGAAGAGGAGGGUGGGAGUGACUAACACCUUGAUCCCCCCCAAAAAAGCCAUGAAACAGUAUGCUAUGCAGAGGGACAGAGAGCGUCUCCAUAUGUCCUGA